AUGCGUUUGAUGGAGAAUUACCAAAUGAAGGCUUUCAGGGAUUUCUUAGAUUCUUGCUGUCUCAUGGACCUAGAGAGCAAAGGGUGUGCAUAUACAUGGGCUAACAAUAGGGAGGGGGAUGCAUAUGUGAAGAAACGACUAGACCGAGCGGUAUGUUCUAUGGAGUGGAGAGUCGCUUUUACGGAAGUAGAGGUUUAUGCAUUUUCGGCUAUUGGUUCCGACCAUAGCCCGUUAUUAAUUUCUCUCUCCCUAGGACACGCAAAAAGGAGAAAGGAAUUUAAGUUUGAAGAUUUUUGGCUGGAAGAGGCUGAAUAUGGGGAAAUAGUAAGGGAUGCUUGGCUGAAGGCAGAAGAUACAAAUCAAAACUUGUUGAUAAAGCUUAAAAGAGUUUCUGGUGAACUAGAAGUUUGGAGUAAAAGCAAGUUCACAAAUGCUCAUAAAAGAAUCAAGAGCCUGAAGAAGGAAAUCCAGAAACUUACAAACCAUCCGAGUGGAGGGCAGGACCGAGAAAGAGUCCAAUCGCUGAAGGAAGAAAUAGAAAAAUUAUGGAGGUAG